UUGUUUAUGAACAUAGAUCACGGUUAGAAAAGAUUCUACAAAAGGAGAAAUCCGACCAUAAAAGAACAAAAGAAGAUAAUGAUGUAGAGUUAGGUAGAAUUAAGCAAGAAUCAACGAAUAAGUACAACAGUUUAAAUGCACAACAUAAAAUGCUUAAGAGUCGCCACGAUGAAAUACAAGCCGAGUUUGAUGCCCACAAAGUUGAGCACCAGAACUUAGUCGGUGCCCACGAACGACAGAAGUAUGAACAUCAACAAAAUAUUAGUGAAAUGAAAGAAAAUCAUGAAGUAGUAGUUGCUAACUUACAAGUACAAGUUGAAGAACUUCAAAAAGAUAACGAAAGAGUUCGUAAUAUAAAUAACCAAGCAAACCAGCAGAUCCAAGCUAUACAAGCACAGGCUCAAUACCACAAGAGUGACAGGGAUAGAGCCAUGGAGCUUCAUACUGACACACAGCAAAAAUUGUUAGCUGAACAGCAAGAAAAUUAUCGUUUGAAGUUACAAAUUAAAGAAUUCACAGAACACAACAUGAUGUUGAGGAAACAAGUUGAUCAGCUUUCACAGUUGAAUCCAAAUGCACAAGUUGAGCAGCAAAAGGCAAUGCAGCAAGGGCAACAGCAACAAUUUGGACAACAAAAGCAACAAUUGGGACAGCAAGGGCAACAGUUGGGACAACAAGGGCAACAGUUGGGACAACAAAGGCAACAGUUUGGCCAACAAGGGCAACAGUUUGGCCAACAAGGGCAACAAGUUGGACAAAAUGUUGGCCAACAAGGGCAACAGACUGAACAAAAAGACAAAAAGUAUGAGCCACCAUUUGCAGUGCAAUACCAGAAAUUUAAAGAGCAACAGAUUCAACAAUUAAAUAAUAUGGGACAGCAACAAAUGUUGCCGGGACAGCAACAAAUGUUGCCACAACAACAAAAUAUAGGGCAAAUUAUACCGGGUGCUGCCAAUCUACCAGUGAACGCAAGGGGCCAGACUGGUCUUGAAGAAAGAGAUAACAAUAAGGAGGAGGAAGAAGAUGAGGAUGAUAGGGGGAAAGGAGCAGCAGGUGAUGAAAGUAAUGUCAAAGACGGCUAUGUAGGAAAAUACAAGCAUAAUAAGGAUCAAGAUUUGGACGAAAUUGAUGAGAAAGAGAGAGAGCGAGUAAGAAUGGAGAGAGAAAAACAACAAUUUGAGUUGGAGAGAGAGAAGGAAGAACAAAGAGUCAUUGCUGAGGAGGGCCAACAGGAGAAUGAAUACGAUCAAAAUAUGGUUGGCAACAAAGAUGAAGUUGAAGAUGAGGAGGAUGACAAGGAAAACAAUGGUAACUACAAUGGCGAACAAGACUAUCAACGACAACGUCUUGAACAUAUACGUGAACAGAAGGCAUUAGAGGAGAAGGAGAAUGAAAAUGCUAAUGAAGGAGAUGCCGAUGAAGAUGAUAAAGGCAACGUACUACAGCCGGACGCAAAUGUAAUCAACGGUAACCCACAAGACCAAGAGGGUGCUGAAGAAACCCAACAGAAAGAGGAAAAUUAUAAACAAAGACUUGCUGAGCGUGAGCAGAAAAUACGGGAGCGGGAUGAGAAGAGACAGCGGGAAAGAGAACGAGAUGAGAAGUUGAUGGAAGCUGAAAAGGCUCGGCAGGUGAUGUUGGCCCAGGGCUUGGGCCAGGAGGAGACUGAGAGAAGACUGGCAGAGAUGUACCCUAAUAUGUACCAGCAGGACGAAGGGAAUGAAGGUGAUGAUGGGGAUGAGCGCCAGUCCAAAGCAGCUAAUGGUGGUGACGGUGGAGAAGAUAGCGAUGACGAUCCAGCCAAUAACAAUAUUGCUAGAGAAAGAGAAAAUCACAGACAGGAAGCAGAAAAGCAGGUUGCCAUCCAACCACAGCAGGGCGAUGAAGAAGAUAACGAGGAUGAGGAUGAUGAUGAGGAAGAUGAAGAUUACAAUGAAAAACUGCAGCAGCAACGAGAGAGGCAUUUAGCAGAACAGGAGCAGCGCAGACAAGAAAUGUUCCAAGGAGAGGAACAAAAUGAGCAUGCUGAUGAAGUGUUUAAUCAAAAAGGGGGUGAAUUAGGGAAUCAAGAAGCACAAGGUGCACGACCAGUUGAUGACCCCGAUGAUGCUAAUAAUAAUGAGUAUCGUGAAAGAGAAGAAGCUGAUUUUGAUCCAGGCCAAGAGGAGGAAGAAAAGGAAUAAAGGUUGCCCUCAUAAUCUGCAGAUAUAUCAUUGCUGUACCUGUCAACCAUCCGUAGUCAUAUUUACGCAGUAGUGGCAGAAAGACCGUUGUUACUUGUGAAAAAUAGUAGUAAGCAGACUUGAACAUGGUUGCCAUUUCAUGCAAGUUAUAAGCACUUUUUUAACUCUUUGAUUAUCUGUUUUAUAAUUAUUACAGUGGCGGAUCCAGAGAAAGGGGGGUCCCCCAAAAGUUGGGCCUAUCGAGACAACACUAUUCUAGGGGGAGCGGGCAGGUCCCCCGCAAACAUUUUUGUGUUCUAGACGCCCGAAAAUAACAUUUGAUGUAUUUUGGGCUAUAUUUUUCUCUUUCUUUCUCUUUUUUUUUUUUUUUUUCCUUUCACCCACACCCCCCCCCCCCCCUCUAAAUCCGUCCCUGAUUAUUAAGCACAAUUUGAUGAACAGUCGGAAUAUGUUUUCUGGUCACCAGUGUGUAUUUCUUUAACACUGUAUUUUUCUUUUCAUCUUUUUUUCUGCUAAGAGAACUCAUAGAGUUGUGUAUUAUAUAAAUCCAUAGAUUUUAUCAAAUGCAAUAUUUGUUUACAAUGACUGGAAGCAUAUCUUAUACUUUUGCUUGAUGUUUGCCGAGAAAAGGUUUUGUAAUGUCUUCCACCACUGUUGAAGUCAACAGUCGCAUUUGAAACUCAUCUACAAGUUUUUAUGAGGGUGCUAAAGUAGAAAGGUAAUAAGAUGUUUCAAAAUUCCUAAAUAUUUGGGCAGUUAGAAAAAAUAGCCUUUGUCACAUGGCAUUGGUUGCAUUCCCAGGGCUGCUUGCCCAGUUCUGUAGGAUGAUGGUUACAGCAUUCUGUUGAAAAUACCUAUAAAUCAUUCUGUUGUAUGAAGUAUAUUAAGUUUGUAUACCGCAUACAUAGAUUAUAGGCAUAUGAUUGGUUAAAAAGCGAGUAAUAAAUUCAACCAUCACUCCUAUAACGUAGGUAGUAUGAUAGUUCAUGAAUUCAUGGGGAAAAGUGCUUUUUUUCUCCCUAUCGUGACGUAAUCUCUAGACCUUACUUAUAACGUUGCUUUGUAAUUUAUGACAUGCUCGGACAAUCCUCUACGACGAGAUAAAUUGGCCCUUUGACCGGCUAGGUAGGAGGUAGGCCUACCCUUUUCAUUACUUUGUUUAGGCCUCGUAGAAGCUAUGUAUAAGGUAUAUAAAACAAAGUGCUACAUUUUUAAGGUUAACUAAAUGGUAGAAAGGGAAGAAAAUAUGAAUGAUUAUUUAAAUAACCAUGUCUGUGGAUUUGUGUAGGGGAUAAUGGUUUAUCAUGGUAUGUGAUAGGUGUAUAGGGGAGCGUGUGAUGGUGUGUCCGAGAUGUAUGUGAUGAUCACAUGUAUAUACAGUACUGUAUCCUCUGCAUUAAUUUAACGUAUUUUGUUUAAUUUUUUAUAUGUCAGGUGCAACCUAAGAACACAUCCAGAUACAUAUGUAUGGACAGUACAGUAUGCAUACACAUACACAUAAUAAACAAUAUAAAGACAGUGUAACACAAAAUUGUAUUCAAAACACAAAUAAUUUGCCUUGACUUCAAGACUAUAUGAUCAUACUCUAUGUGUAUAUUAUUAUUUCUCUAGUACUUUAUAGUGUCUUAGGGUGUGUGUCUUGGUAUGUCCAAGGGUGUAAUUAUGUUUGAGUGAUAAGAUGAAAGUAUGCAUGAUUGGCAUACAGUGUUACCUCUGCCAAGUGAGUGUAUUUUGUGUGUGUGUGUGCUAAAACUUUUUUCUUUAAUGAAAAACAAAUAUUUGUAACAAAUGCAAAAUUAGAAUUUGAGUCUAUCAAGUAGAGUGUUGAAAUAAUGAACUACAAACAUGAUUGUGUUAUUGUUGUAGGAGUGAAAUAAAUCUUACCCCUAAAAUAGUAGGAUUAUCAUAAAAGAUUUACUUUUUAAAAUAAGUUGUCCAGUUAUUUAACUUAGAUUUGCAUGCAUCUUGAUGUUGCCCUUGUAAAAUAAUGAUAUUUGAUUAACCAAUUAAUUGUGGACUUAACUAAAGCAGGAAUCAUUCAAAAAAUUCAAUGAAAUGUCAAUCUGAAGUUUAACAUUUUUUAAAGAAAAAUAUUUAUUUUUAGUACCAUUUUUUCUAAAUUUUUACCUUUAUUUAUUCAGAUUCCAAAAUGUUCAACCUGUUUUUGUGUUACCCAAGUAGAAUUUGGAUAUCAGGGUUAGUUGGUUGGUCGGUCGGCAUUUAGUCUUUUUUUUUUACUGUUCUGCAGCUUAUUGGCAACUAUCAGUUGGGAAACUGUUAAAGCUGUUUUGUCCCUUGAAAAUGACAACAAAUCAUAAAAAUAUUUUGAAAUUAACUUGCUCAUUUUGGAAUAACAUAUAAAUUAUUAAUUCAUAGAAAUUAUUGAAUUUUAAAAUGUGUACCAUGAUUUUUAAA